GGAAGAAGAAGAGAAUAUUGGGGGAAAUAAAAAAUAUCAUCGAAACCCUAGAAGAGAAGAGAAGAGAAGAGUAGAGUAGACAAUAAUGGAUAUUGGAAAAGUAGGAGAGCUAAAAGAAUUCAUAGAAGCAUGCAAGUCAAAUCCUUCUCUUCUCCACACUCCUUCCCUUUCCUUCUUCAAGUCUUAUCUUCUCAGUUUGGGUGCUCGCAUCCCUCCCCAACCCAAAACUGAACCUGUUGUUGUUAAUACUACUAACAACGACGACGACAUUAUAGAAUCUGAUUUAGAGUUGGAUAACAGUGAUGUGGUUGAACCUGAUAAUGACCCUCCUCAAAAGAUGGGAAAUCCUUCUGCUCAAGUUACCGAUGACAACAGGGAUGACGCUCAAGUAGCUAAAUCAAAAGCACUCCUUGCUUUAUCACAAGGUAUGUUGGAUCAAGCACUCGACCUACUCACAGAAGCCAUUUUGUUGAAUCCUCAUUCAGCCAUACUUUAUGCCACCAGAGCUAGUAUCUUUAUUAAGUUGAAAAAACCAAAUGCUGCUAUCCGUGAUGCUGACACUGCUUUGAAGAUCAAUCCAGACUCAGCUAAAGGAUACAAAAUACGAGGAUUGUCAAGGGCUAUGUUGGGACUCUGGAAAGAAGCAUUAACUGAUCUUCACGUGGCUUCAAAGAUAGACUAUGAUGAAGAGAUUGGUAUGGCACUUAAGAAGGUUGAGCCUAAUGCCCACAAAAUUGAGGAGCAUAGGAGAAAAUAUGAACGCUUACGAAAGCAAAAGGAGCAGAAAAGAGCUCAACCGAAGAAGCAACCGCAAGAUGAAGCUCAAGAUAAAGAUGCAUUGUCAGCUUUAAAAGAUGGUACGUCUCUGUAUUUCCUUCUGCCUGAUGGGGAAGUGAUUGAUAUUCACUCUGUUGGAGAUCUGGAAACAAAGUUGAGUGCUGCAUCGAAGACAUCUCGCUUGGCAAUCCUGUACUUCACUGCAACUUGGUGUGGCCCUUGUCACUACAUUUCGCCACUUUAUACAAGUUUGGCGGGGAAGUACCGGAGAGUGGUUUUUAUAAAAGUUGAUAUCGAUAAGGCAGUGGAUAUCGCUGCACGCUGGAAUAUUAGCAGUGUUCCAACAUUUUUCUUUGUAAAAAACGGCAAAGAGGUCGACAGUGUGGUGGGGGCUGACAAAAAUACACUUGAAAGGAAGAUUGCUCAGCAUGCUGGCCCUUCUUAAUUUAUUACCUUAAUAUAACUCUGAUACAAUACUAUUUCCAUGUUGUUUCUUCUGUUUACAUGACCAUAGUGUCUUACAAAAUUGAGAGUUUCAAUAUAAUGGUUUGAUGUUUA